CAACAAACCCAUGUAACCAAAGUUUGGAGGGAGCGAUACAAGUUACUGGAGAGUGUUGACAUUAGUUCCGGGACUACGGGAUUAAUGAGGCAAGAGUUCGAACCCAACGUGGUGGCCAUCGAUAUAUUUCUGCGUUUGUGAUAUAUUUUUGUUGGGGAAAGAAGAGAGAAAGAGAAAAGACAAAGGAACUAUCUCCCUGUAUCUCCAAGAAACCAUGUCUGUUGGAGAGGUUUUGGUGUCCCACCCUCAGAUAGCGCGGUGUAUACCCGAGGAGGAAUUGCCUUGCAAACCCUAUUGCAUGAUCAAGAACUUGGGUUUGCAUUCCUCGGCGGGACUGGCCACGGCCGGGUUUCGCACGGCCAAGUACAUCCCUGAAGAAUGGAUGCAAAACAACUACUCGAAGUUCUACCAGUCUUUCGCCGACCGGGACACUGCGGAGAACUUGCGCAACGAGUCCAAAUCUCUGAUCGUGGAGAGGGAGAAGUUGACUCAAGAUACCCAAGCCAGCUCCACCAAGAAGCUGGGCGAGAGGUUGCAAGAUAUCUUCUUCUGGAAGUCGGAGCUCAAGAGGGAAAUCGAAGACCUGCUAGCCGAGACCGAGCUUCUACUGGAGAGGAAGAGGCGGCUGGAAAUUGCCCUGGACGCCACCGAGAUAGCCAUGUUCAUCUCCACGGACAACUUGCAGAACAGGGAGAGGAGGCAAGGUCCUGACCUGGUCAAGGAUAUCGUGGAGGAUGAACUACUCAGGGAGGUUGAUCUGAUUCAGAAUGUCCAAGGAGUUUUGAAGCGAUCUUUGGACCAGGUCAAUAUUCAGAUAAGGAAGAACAGAGAUGCCAAGGAACUUUUGGAGAUGGACUGGUCUGACAAAUAUGAAGCCUACAAAAUUGAUGUCAAGGCUGGUGGGCUCAAUAAUCAGAGCACAAAUAUUCAGUUCCAUCCAAACUCCUCCAAGUUUGAAGACAAUUCUUCUACUCCAGAGACCUGGGCCCAGUUCACUCACUGUAACAUCUACAAGGCUGAACAGGAGCGGAUGAAUUCUAUUAGCCUUCGGGCUCUGGUUGACAAUGUGCUACAGGAGACAUCUGAAGAUCUACGUGCGCAGUACGACAGAGUCAACGCUGCCUUUAACAAGCGCUUGGAAGAGCUCCAUGAUGCAAAGGCCAAGUUAGACCAUCAUCUGAGAAAGUUACUUGAACAAAUUGCAGCUCAGGAGAGAAACAUCGCCAAUCUGAAACAGGCCAUAAAGGACAAGGAAGCUCCACUCAAGGUGGCUCAAACAAGACUGUACGAGAGGACCUACAGGCCAAACGUGGAACUCACCAGAGACCCGGCUCAAAUGAACUUGAUUUGUGAAGUUGGGGAAAUCACGGAGUCCAUCGCACUCCUGAAGGAGAAGCUCAGGGAUGCCCAAACGUCGCUGGAAAACAUGGAGAACACACGGAUGACUCUUGAGAAGGAAAUCGCGAUAAAAGCAAACAGUAUAUUUAUUGAUAGCGUAAAGUGCUUGAAACACCGUGACCGAUACCCAACUGUAGUUAGAUUGGCUGGUUAUCAAUAAGCAAAUUAAGAGUGAACGUUUACUGAUAGUAAUUGAUAAUACUUCGAUCCUCUUCGCCUACAGAAUCUAUUCGGUACACUUGGGUAAUUUAAUAUAUAUUGGGCAUUUAGCUAAAAGCUGAACAAGUGAAGUAAAAUUACUACAGAAUUGUCAUGACUUUGUCUUUUAGUGUCUAUAUAUCUGAAACUGACAUCAUUUUCUAUGUUAUCGCAGUUAGAAUUUUCAAAAUUGUGGUUCAAUAAACUUGCAGGAACAAGAAA